AUGGCGCGCCGAGAGGCCCUUGACGGAGUCGUCAUCGCCGCGCCCACUCACCUCCACUUGGCGCUCACGCAGGCCUGCAUCGAAGGCACAAAGCUUCGCAAGGAAGAAGGCCGAGGUGGCAUCUUGAAAGCGCUACUGAUCGAGAAGCCUAUUUGCCACGACCUUCAGAGCGCAGCAGAGCUUCUCAGUAUCACAGACUCAGCGGGCGUGGUGGUUCUUGUUGGCCACCAGCGCCGCCACUCACGGCUUGUGAAGCAAGCGCGUCAGGUGGUUACGGAUCAGGACUUCGGGCCUCUUCGUGGUGUGAACAUGGAGUUCUCAUUGCUGAAACCCGAUUCCUACUUCUGCAAAGACGACCCGUCGCUGGAGUGGCGAAGACGGAAGGGUGUUGGCGGCCCGAUCCUGAUCAACACGAUCCACGACCUGGACCUGAUGCGCUUCAUCACUGGUCAUGAAAUCACCAAAGUCUUUGCCAUGACCAGCAGUGCAGCACGUGGUGAAGAGGUCGAAGACUCCGGCGGCAUCACCGUGACCUUCGACCAUGGCGCUGUAGGCACCCUCUUCUUUACGGAUGCUGCCCCGGCUCCCUGGAGCUAUGAGUUUACCACGGGGGAGAACAAGAAAUACCCACCGGUGGCGGGCAAUGAUAUGCGGGACUGCUAUCACUUCAUGGGAGCACAGCGUUCUCUGGGCUUUCCGAGCCUUUGCAACUUCAGCUAUCGUGGCGCAGCCGAGCGUGGCUGGGAUGCCCCGCUGACGGUGGAGCAGCCCAUGGUCGAAGUGGAGGAUCCGCUCCUUCUGCAGAUGAACCAUUUCGUCCGAGUUUGUCGAGGAGAAGAGAUUCCCGUGUGCAGUGGUCGUGAUGCCGUGGAGAGCUUAGCCGUGGUACUCGCGGUGCUGCGGUCGACAGAAUGCGGACGUGCUGUGGCUCCCAGUGAGUUGCUUGCGGAGGUGAACAAGGAUGUCGUCAGCGCCUGUCGCUUGGACAGCUCGCUGUUGCCCAUCUCCAAGGAGCCAGCAGCAUGCUCUGCAGAGACUACGACGGCCAGGGCUGGCCGAAAGCAGCUGGCAACGGUGACAGAGUCCGACUUUGCUUCGCCACAGUCUGCCUGA